UGAAGAUGCCGCGAUGAAAAUCCACUGACAACAACAAAAUAGUCGGUGUACGUUAACUCCUUCGGUACUUUGAUAACACAGAUAUCAGCAGCAUUUUCCUGACGGAGAAGUGACACCAGGACAUCAAUGUUGAACACCUGCAGAGUACCUGUGAGAAAAAGCAAGAACAUGCAGAUGUACAUCUUACAUUAUGUCAACAUGGUGUGGUUUAUCUUUGCUGCCAUUGCUGUCCUAUCCAUUAUUAACCCUGGCUCUUGCAACACUGAGGCAAAGCCAGUUGUAAUGCAAGCCGGUGCCAGUUUCAAUGGGCGAAGCUACCAAAGCCUCCUCACUGUGCCCAACGGGGAACAGUUCGGAAACUGGACCUGGCCAGAGAUGUGUCCCGAUGGGUUCUAUGCUGUGGGCUUCAGUCUGCGGGUGGAGCCCAAUCAGUAUGCUCUGGAUGACACAGCACUAAAUGGUAUCCGUCUGUACUGCUCUAAACCCGAUGACAGGACCUUCCUUUACACAGUGGAGUCUCAUACUGGAUAUUAUGGAGAUUGGUCCGACCCCCAGUGGUGCCCCACUGGGGUCAUGAAUUCCUUCCAGCUUCGUGUCGAGCCCCAUCAAGGCCUCUUCGGGGAUGACACGGCGGCCAACAACAUCCGAUUCCGCUGCAGCACCAACCCCAUCCUGGAGGGCCCUGGAAUGGACUGGGGCGAUUACGGCCACUGGAGCCAGAAUUGCUCCGGCACGGGCAUCUGUGGCGUCGAGACCAAGAUGGAGCCUUACCAGAGCGGGCUAGAUGACUCGUCCCUCAAUGACGUGCGUUUCCACUGCUGCGCUUAGAGAUGACAUAAUGAUCUCACGGUGAGGACCUCUUCUGUCAGCUGA